AUGGCUAUUCCUAACCAGUCCACUGAGUUCCAGGCGGUAGGCCCCCGCCAAGCCUCUAUCGUCCAAAGCAUCAAGCAUGGUAUUAUCCACAACGAAGAGAUGACUGAGCUCGAGCAGCGUCAGCCCGCAGGCUAUGAUUACUCCGGUGCACAUAAAAAGACUGAUCCUGUGGAGAUCAAACUGGUGAAGAAGCUUGACCUCUGGAUUAUGCCUACCUUAUGGAUUAUGUACUGGCUCAACUAUCUUGACCGGAACGCAAUCACGCUCGCUCGCCUAAAUGACCUUGAGGAAGAACUAGGCCUGACUUCCAUCCAAUACCAGACUUGCGUUAUCCUAGGCCAAAUCCCCUCUAAUAUGCUUCUCACUCGCGUUCGCCCAAGCUACUGGAUGGCCAGUGCUAUGUUCCUCUGGGCAGUGGUCUCCGCUCUGACUGCGGUAGCCCACGACUUUAAAGGCCUCCUUCUGACGCGUUUUUUCCUCGGAAUCACAGAAGCACCGUACUAUCCAGGUGCAUUGUACAUGCUUUCUUGCUUCUACACACGUAAAGAGAUUGCGACUCGUAUCUCGAUUCUAUACACAGGCAAUAUUCUGGCAACCGCCUUUGCUGGACUUAUUGCGCUCGGAAUCUUCGAGAUGCACGGUAUGGCUGGCCUUUCGGGCUGGCGAUGGAUGUUUAUCCUUCAAGGUGCUGUGACUGCCGUCGUUGCAGCACUUAGCGUUUUCACCCUCCCGGAUGAUCCCCUUACCACCCGCUGGCUCACUCCAGAAGAGCGCAUUUUCGCUAAUGAGCGCAUCGUGCGCGAUACUGUCGGCGAGAGUGGCAAGCAAACAUCAGCCCGGGGCUUGAUCGAUGCUGCUAAGGACAAAAAACUUUGGCUCUUUGCUUUCAUGCAACACAUGCAUCUUGCUGCUAACGGUUUCAAGAACUUCUUUCCUACUGCCGUUCAGACUCUCGGCUUCAACCGCACCAUAACCCUAGUUCUAACCUGCCCGCCGUAUCUCGUGGCCGGCGCUAUCUCGAUUGCGUGGUCCUGGUCCUCCGGCCGCUACAAUGAGCGCACCUGGCACAUUACUGUAGCCAAGUGCAUCGCCAUCUUCGGUUUCGUGCUUGGCUGCGCAACUUUGAACACAGCCGCGCGCUAUUUCUCGAUGGUUGUAUUCUCGAUCGGCACCUAUGCAGUCAAUUCCAUCAUCCUCGGCUGGGUGAGCUCGACCUGCGGACAGACGAAGGAGAAGAAGGCCGCCAGCCUGGCUAUUGUCAACACCUGCGCCGUCGUCUCAUUUAUCUGGACACCAUACCUAUGGCCCAAGAGCGAUGAGCCGCGUUAUACGAUCGCAAUGAGUAGCAGCGCAGCAUUUUCGUUGGUGACGAUGAUGGGCGCUUGGGCUAUGCGCGUCUGGCUCGUCCGCGAGAACAGAAAAAUUCGACAAACUAAUACUGAGACUACCUUGUUCUACGCCUACUGA